AUGGGUUCAUCAACUUCCUUCAAGCGGUUACCGCCACCGCAAUCUUAUGCUUAUGUUUCAUUCCCAGCGCCACAUGUCAUGCUGGUCGUGUUCAACCGGCCAAAAGCCCUCAAUGCCAUGACCAGUGCGGCCCAAUAUGACCUCGAAACACUGUUUGCAUGGUAUGACAGUGAGCCGUCGCUACGCUGCGCCAUUAUCACCGGCGCUGGGCGCGCAUUCUGCGCCGGCAUGGAUCUGAAGGAGUGGAACGAGGUCAGCAUUCGGCGAGCAAAGGGCGAACACAGCAACGGGGCACCAAUGCCACGAUCUGGAUUCGGCGCGCUUUCACGACGACAUGGAAAGAAACCUAUUAUUGCUGCCGUGAAUGGUAUCGCUUUUGGAGGUGGUAUGGAGAUCGUCUCCAACCUGGAUCUCGUUGUUGCUGCCAAGAGUGCACUCUUUGCGUUACCCGAGGCCAAGCGAGGUGUGGUCGCUAUGGCCGGCUCGCUGCCCAGACUUGCUCGGACUAUUGGUCGACCUAGGGCCACGGAACUCGCUCUCACUGGAAAGAGUAUCACUGCUGCCGAGGCCAAGGAGUGGGGGUUGAUUAAUGCGGUGACGGAGGAUGGCGCGGCCGAUGAUGAAAUUCUGGACCGACCGGUUGUGAAGGCGGCCUUGAAAUACGCUGCUAGUAUUUGCGAUAAUAGCCCCGACAGUGUUAUUAUCAGCCGUGCUGGAAUUGUGGCGGGUUGGGAGGACGGAAGCGCGGAAAACGCCAGUCGUCUCUUGAGUGAAAAUUGGGAGGGAGCAUUGAAUGAUGGCGAAAAUAUACGAGAGGGUCUGUUGGCUUUUACUGAGAAGCGCGAGCCCCAGUGGGUUGAUAGCAAGCUGUAA